AUGCCCCGCCUAUCCGUCCCAACGCCAUGCCCCGCCUAUCCGUCCCAACGCCAUGCCCCGCCUGUCCGUCCCAACGCCAUGCCCCGCCUGUCCGUCCCCAACGCCAUGCCCCGCCUGUCCGUCCCCAACGCCAUGCCCCGCCUGUCCGUCUCCAACGCCAUGCCCCGCCUAUCCGUCUCCAACGCCAUGCCCCGCCUAUCCAUCCCAACGCCAUGCCCCGCCUAUCCAUCCCAACGCCUUGCCCCGCCUAUCCAUCCCAACGCCAUGCCCCGCCUAUCCAUCCCAACGCCAUGCCCCGCCUAUCCAUCCCAACGCCAUGCCCCGCCUAUCCAUCCCAACGCCAUGCCCCGCCUAUCCAUCCCAACGCCAUGCCCCGCCUAUCCAUCCCAACGCCAUGCCCCGCCUAUCCAUCCCAACGCCAUGCCCCGCCUAUCCAUCCCAACGCCAUGCCCCGUCCGUCUCCAACGCCAUGCCCCGUCCGUCACCAACGCCAUGCCCCGCCUAUCCGUCCCAAAUGUGUCCCACACAAAAACACAUCUGAGCUAA